AUGAUUCCCAGGGAAUCCAUAGAGUGGAAACAUCUCAAUCUGAUCACGACAACCGACCUACAUUUCUGUACUGCCGAGGAGGCUAAGCCUAGUAGCCCAGGUCGUAAAAUUGACCAAGAAUCACAGUUUGUUAGCAAAGCCUUAAUCAACUUAAUGCAGAACCGAUGGAGGGAGAAACUUUUGACAGCAAGUUUAUUGGAGCCUCCCUGCAGGAUUGUCAAGAAGGGACAGCCGUUCAAGAUCAAUUUUGUCAUGGAAAAAUUGAUCGCUCUUGUGGAUGCUCGCAGCGUCAGUGACAUCACUCACCGGAUACGAUACUCUUUCGGAGAAAACGACGAUCGUGAGGAAACACUCCAAUCGAGGAGAGAGUGA